AUGGCGGUGCGGGUGACCGGACUGACUCCCUCCUUCUUCCGUAUCAAAGCUUCUUCCGAAGCUUACUCGAAGAGCAACAGACUAAGACGCCCACAAAAUGUUGACGGGAACUUCUUCGUUGAUCAUACAUGCAUAGACUGUGACACAUGCCGUUGGAUGGCUCCGGAGAUAUUCAAUCGACGGGAUGGUAUGUCCGCUGUAUUUAAACAGCCUACAUCUGAUAAAGAGCAAACUCAAGCUCUUCAGGCACUUCUUUCAUGUCCAACCAACUCAAUUCAUACAGAACGUCCCCCUCGUGAUAUAUCAGAAGUUCACAACACGUUUCCAAUUGCAAUUGAUGAGCAGAAAGUUCAGGGAGUGUACCACUGUGGUUACCAUUCUGAAAAAUCAUAUGGAGCAACAUCUUAUUUUAUUACACGACCUCAAGGGAAUGUACUAAUAGACAGUCCUAGAUACACAAAGAGAUUAGCCAACAGUAUAAAGAAAAUGGGUGGAGCUUCCGUCAUGUUUCUCACCCACAGGGAUGAUGUUGCAGAUCAUGAUAAGUGGUCAAAAGAGCUGGGUUGUGCUAGGAUUCUUCAUGUAAAUGAGGUGUCUCACUCUACAGCUGAUGUGGAGAUCAAGCUAGAGGGGAGUGGGCCAUGGCCCAUUGGCAGUGAUAUCACCCUUAUACACACCCCAGGCCAUACAGAAGGAUCAGUCUGCUUGUUUGACAAAACGAGGAAGGUUCUUUUUACAGGGGACCAUCUCUUGAUGGACGAAUUUGGAUUGAGUAUAUCAGAAAACUAUAACUGGUAUUCAGUUUCCGUGCAGUUGAACAGUGUUCUAAAGUUGCUUGAGUUGGAUUUUGAAUGGAUACUACCAGGGCAUGGAAGGCGAGCUUCUUUUAGAGAUUCUACUGAAAAGAAUGAGGCUUUGAGAGCUCUCUUGGCUGCCAAAGGGCUUCAGGCUUAG